UCGCAGGCGGCCGUCGGCGCAGACUGGAUUGCAACACGUGACGAAAGAUCUCACUCACAUGCUGGACGAAUAUCUCCUCUCGACACACGUUUUUGACAUAGCACAGGUUACUGAGUGGAUGUAUUUUGCGUGGAUCCAAAUUUAAAGCUACUUGGGGCGUUCACUUCGCGUAACCAGGGAAGCUUUAUCAACGCCCAGUGCUGGUCCUUGUCAACAAAGGCUCGAGUUACUUCAACAGACCAAGAAAUAUAUAUUUUUCACUGUGAUUCGAUCGUGGUAUUAAUUCCCACAAGAUUUGUGAUUCGAAUGGAAAACCGCGUUGAGAAUUCUUGAAAAGGCGUUUGUUUUAUUGGUGUCCAUUUGUUUGUUGUCAAUUACUGGUCACGUGACAUUUGCUGCGGCACUGUAAUAUGGCAGCGCCCAUGAAACAGGAAACAAUAGCAGCAGACGAUGUGAAAUCGGGAAUUUUACAAAAACUAGAGGGCAAUUGUUUCUUCAAAGAUGUAUCGGAACAUCUAAAGUGCCUUGAUGUUUCAUAUGAUAUAGAUAAGGAAAAUUCAAAAGCAGCAAGCUGGUUAGACUGGGCAGUACGUAUUCCAUAUCUUAAGGUUAUCAAGUCUUCAGUGCCUGUGGGUAUUCUACCGAAUGCAUACCAAGGAAAUCUGAUUGAUGUCAAAGUAUUUGCAAGACAUGGACCAGAUGAUGAAAUCUAUGACAAUAACAAGUCUAUACGAGAAAAGGUUGCCAGGGGUAACUGUUUUCUCAACAUUGAGGGUGGCCCACAUCGAGGAACCACCUGUGUUCUCUAUGCCCUGAAGAAAUUUACAGGGGGCCUUGGUGAUGACGAUGACAGGGAAAAGGGUGAUAACUUCACAUGGAAAAAAUACUUUACUCAGCCAAUAGAAUCUACCUCUAAUGUUGUGGCCACAAGGAAAGCCAAUGGGGAGGCAGCACAUCUCAGCUGCACUAUGAUUGAUGGUGAAUAUGUCCUUUGUGGAGGAUCCAAGAACGUCCAUCUACUAUUUAGAAGAAAAUUGGAUAUCAAGCGUUACCCUGAGGACCGAUUCCGCAUUGCACGUGAAGUAUGCACUACUGUCAUGGAUGUCUUGGAUCAGAUGGAGGCUGCAGACAAACAAAGGUUGCUACAGUUCCUGUGUUUGAGUCGGUACACCGCGGUGUUUGAGAUACUGGCGCCACACCAUCAGCAUGUAGAAGACCUCUCCAGUUUGCCCGGGCCCCAGCUACAAUUUAUCACAUGGACCAGCACAGACCUCGAGCCACCCUCCGACACCCAGCUGUCAACACUUCCACCACACGUUGGUAUUGAGAUUGCCCGUGCUUUAGGACUACAAACUGUUGAAUAUGAAGUCAUAUCCCCUGGAGAGGUAGAGAAAAGAAUGAUUGAGAUCCGCCAGGGCUACAACUACGAAGGGGAAGUCUUGUAUUUCCUCAACUCAUCUAACUGUGUCAUCGGGCUGCUGAAAAAGAAAACUAUAUGGUAUAUCAUCUGCAGAGCUACUCGUGAGAAGGUCCGAGUCUCAUGUCAGUUGGCGAAGAAAAACCCAGGCACCUUCCAGAUAUCUCGAUCUAUACAGAAGCUGGAGAAGAGAAUGAAGGAGAUACAGAUGUGGCUCGGGAUGGACGAUGACAGCGUGGAGAAGUGGAGGGAACUCGGUGUGAGGUUCUUACGGUGGAGCAUCCAUGAAUUGGAGGCAGGCCACAUCUGUGUGAAUGACAUCUCCGACAAGUUUCCAGUUCUAUGGAAACAACAUUUAUCGGCAAGCGAUUUGACAGACAAGAUUUUAACAAAAUGGCGGGAACCAGGGGGAUCCGAUGACUAAAUAGCACCUGUCAUUCCAAAGAAUUUCAUCAUUUCUAUCUUUCCACAAAAAACACGUACAGAAUCAUAUCGCUUCCUAUUAAAUUGAAUAUUUAAAACACAAUCAUAUCACCUUUCAUAAUUAUGAUAGUUUUACAUCCUAAUUUUAACAUUGUUAUAUAUAUAUUUCAAGAAUCGUUAAAAACAUCAAUGUUCAUUAUAUAAAUGAUGAAAUUCUUUGCAAAUUGUAUUAGUGAAAAAAGGCAGCAUGUAGAACCUGAUUCAACAUAAUUAUUUUUAAAAACUACCAGUAAGUAAAUUCUUUUGAAUAUUUCUUGUGUAAUGUUUUGAUUAUCAGUUUUGAAAUAGAAUGAUUAUUAGCAUGACAUUCAUAUCCACAGACUUCUUUGUGUUCAAUUCACAUGUCUGUGAUUUCUUGGUUUUCUUUACUUAAAUGCACUGACCAUACUAACCCAACACAAACAAAAUAUCUAUUGACUUAUGAAACCAUGGUCAAGGGGAGACAACUCAGUUCACUACUGUCUAUUGGUCAGUGUGUUAUGGAUGAUGCAACAUUGAUUAGUAGCCAUAUAUUGAAGAAUAUGUUGUGAAUUAUCUAAAUUUUGAUCUGAAUCAGAUUUGAUAAAAUGUAUUAUGCAAGUAAAAUCUGAUAGUAUUUUUUCUAUGUUGUAAUGCACGAACAUAAUGUAUAUAUUUUUAAAUGAAAUACAAGUACACUGUAUACAAACUCUUAAACCACGUCAAGUUAAUUUAUUAAUAUCACUUAUUAAUACAGAUUUUUAUUUGUAGGAUAUUCAUUUAGAUUUUAAGUCUAUUUCUAUAUAUGCUUCUUGGUAUUACUUUCCAAAGUCUCUUGAUGGGAACUGGAUUCAUCAGGCUUGGUUCAUCUCUUUCCUUGACUCGAUAGUGUCAGUAAGUGCCUCUCGUAGAUGAACCCUCCUAUACAGUAUCUGUGUUAAAGGGGCUCUUGGUUCAAAUAUCACACUAUCAUGUGUUUUCAAAUAUCACCUGUUCAAAAGGUUCUCUAUACCUGUUGAUUAAUAAACUAGGAAAUAUUUCAUUAACCAACAGACCAGAAUGAGAGAGUAGUCAGUCUAAAACUAGUUGAAAAAAUAUCCAUGUUUUUGUUGAAUAUUUUCAAAACUGAUUGUAGCAAAUGAGGAUUUGAUCUGUUAUUUAUCUUUAAAAGUAAACUUGAUCCUAAUAUACCAUAUGACCUCUUUUGGGCAACUGCGAGCAGCUCUUAAAAACAAACUUCAAAAUCACAUUUGUGUGAAUAUUCAUAAGAUUUAUUCGAAAUUCAAAAUAAGAUGAGAUGAAAUGAAAUGAAACGAAAUGAUAAGCUUCAAAAUUUAUCUAGAGCCUAACUCAGGAUGAGUUGUUUGAAAACCUGCCAUAGGGAUUCAAAACAGAUUCAUUCCUUACCUCUCCAUACUUGAGCUACCCAACAUAUGUUGAUGCCCUAGAGCCCCUACACAAUGUCCCAUGAUACCCACAUCAUGCAGUUGAAUGUCUAGUUGUUUAUAUACAUACCUUGUACGGAGAUAGUUCUUGUUUUAACUGUUUUAGUGCCUUUUAUACAAAGUCUCAUUUUUUUAUCUAUAAUAUAAAUGUUUUAGAGUAGUUCUUCUGUCAUGUAACUCGGACAUCUGUUCUGUGAAACAAGCAUAACCUGUUUAGGACCAAUAAUGUUAAUACUAUAUCCUUGGAUAGCAUUAUCAGUUGUAUGUUAAACCUGGUAUAUUUCUAACAAGGCAAAACAUGUGAUGUUACAGUGGCCUAGUCAUUUACCAUAAGUAAGUUCAUAAAACAUCCUCCUCCAUAUGUUUCUGUAAUGCAAGCAAAAAGAAUAUUUUACUUCAAAAAUGAAAUUUCACUAAUUUCUUUGCAUGUAUGUGGAUACUCUAUUUCAGCCAUCUUUUACCAUUUGCUUUUAUCUUAACCUUUAUCCACUUGCAAGAAAUGCAACAAAUGUCUUGGAUACACAUUUAGGUGUCAAUGUUCACAAAGAAUGAAAGAAAUGGUGAAAAGGACUACAUAUGUUAAAUCCACACACAAACCUAUAUGAUCUAGAUAGGAAACACUACAGAUAGGUUAUAUAGGUCCGUCAUCCAGAUAAUGUUGCAAAUUUUCAUAAAAUUUUUAAAGUAAUUAAACUUAUUAUUGCUAAAAUUAAUUAUUAUAGAAUCGUAUGGAGAAUGACAUGUUUCUAAUUUACAUAUUGAAAAUAAUUAUUAGUCACUCCCAGGCCAGAAAGUGAUGUUUGUUCCUUGUUUUUCACAGUUAAAAUUAAGGUUUAAAUGUGCAUUGUGGCAAUUCCAGUGACACGUGUUUAGAGUUAUCUGCCAUUGUGUACAAAAUCCACAAGCUCCUUCCCAGCGUGGCACCAUCUUCACUCUCUUGGUAUCAUUGCUGCCACCAGUGUCCAAGAGGCCAUUACAAGAAUCUUGAAAAGUCUCCAUCAAACCCCAAAUGUAGUGACAUGUAUAUUUUGUAAGUAUGUCAGUUGGAAUGGCAUUGUAGUGAAUUGGGAUUCACUUACGAUUUCCCGGAUGAAUUUACCUUUGUUUAUUCAGAUUGGUUUGAGAUUGCAGAACUGAAAAACAAUUUGCAUCUUACAUUCUCACUAAAUAAACAGUAAGAGUUGAAAUGAAAUAGAAAUUCAAAUUGACAAACAAACUAAAUGUUUUAGCUGGGGGAAGUGUAUUCGAUGUCACAACAUUCAUCUUUUGUUAACAUAUUGGUUAGUUUGUUGUGAGUUUAACUCCAUGCAUGGUUGUUGAGCUGAGAGCUCCGUGAGGAGCUUGCAAAAUCCAGUACUGAAGACCAAACUGAUCACUGGGGGAGGUGGAAAAAAAAGACAUGGAAAAAACAAGAAACAAAUGACCUUUUAUUUUGGCCAUACCACAAAAUUGUGAUUGAGUAUCUUUGUACCAGUAUUUAGUUAGAGCACCAGUGCUCUAUUUAAAUGUCCAGUAGCGUCCAUGAAUAUAUUUUUAGAAUUGCUGUAGACCUUUCAUGUGCCUUGCUCAAGCAGUGUUUUGCAUUAAUAUGUAGAAAUCUUAGCUCACCUGAACUGCUCACAAAAUUUCAUAAAAACAUUACAAUUUACGUUUGAUAAGUAAAAUCUUCCAUGGAUAAACCUGUUGAUUAAACCUCAAAGGUUUUGUCAGUAUAGCACUGAGAAGAGAAUGAACGUUUAUGUAUUUAUAUAUGUUGUACAAAUAUUUACAUUCAAAUGUUCAGGUGAGCUGCCAUGUUGGCAGGUGCUUUUUACAAGGUUGCUUUCCCUAAGUUUGGCCAGUGUUGCAAGUGUUGUUAAUGUGCGAUGUAGAACAACUACACUUAUAUAUAUAUUACAUUCCUGAACACUGGGGUACUAACCAUAUUAUCUUUGGGGCAGGGCUGGGUGUAUCAGAUUGUAAGUAUUAGCAACACAAUCAUGUACCUGUUGUGCAAACUGUUUCUAUGUCAUAGCAGCAUGAUGGCAUUUGCCUCUGCUUAUUUUCACCUUUGCAUGGCUGUAUGUGUACUCAAUAACUUGCUGUUUACUACAGUUUCUGCAAAGACUCUGAUAUAGGUAUUUGAUAAAACACUAAUGUCAGUCACAGACUCUUGCACAGUAUCCUCUGGUAAAGGUCGUCACAAGGCAAUAGCUUCAGUAUUGGAUCACUGGAAGGGGCUUAUCACAGACCAAAACCUGGGCCAUUUGCACAAAGCUGUUUUAGCACUACGAUGAUUGUAACUCACAUACUCUAAUGUAGACUUAAGAUUACCAUUGCGCUGUUAAAGAUCGCUUUCUGCAACCCCCCAGGAGCUUAUGAUGGAUGAUGUUGAUGAAGUGCACCGUGUCCAUGGGUGUACCAAUACAGUUCACGUUCGACCAUUACACACCGUUGUUGUCCCUUAAGAUCCAAUUUAUACUGGGGACCCCGUCAUCUAAGGUGCUGCAACUUGCGCUGCAGACUUGUGUCCCUUGGCACUACCAGGAUCUGCUGAUAAUUUCUUUCAAUACCAUACCCCAAGUAUAUGUCAGCAUCAUCUCUGAGGGUUUCACCAAAGUGCACAGCCUCUGACUGCCACCACUUGUAGCUUUCCUCACAUAUUCAGGAAACUUGUGGACUAAUUUUCAAAUUUAACUUAAAUAAAACAAAUGCUGAAAUAUAUUAACAAUUGCUUUACUCAUUUUACAUGCUUCUGUCAACAAAUGUAGUGUGUUAAUGUAAGAUAUGUUCAACAGAUCUUUUUUCAAAAGUAAGUUUCAUUUGCCUGUACCUAAGCUUUUAUUGUUGAAUGUUGAAAUGUGUUGAAAUAGAUUUUAAUGUUCUUGCAGUGCCAGUAGUUCCAUGGUCAGACUUAAUCAUGUGUUUAUGACAUAUUCUCGUGAAUAUCUCCUGCAUUAAAAACAUGAUAAUGGCAACAUGUACUAUGCACGACAAAGUGGCAUGACGUCAGAUUUGUUUCUCAAUAAUCAAGCAUUUAAGAUAUUGAUGUUUUAAGCAAACUUUUAUUAUGAAAACAUGUCAUCAAAAUACCAUAUUCACUGGAUACCAAUCUUUUGUAUAAUAUUUGUUAUGUUGUAAUGGGACCAAACUAACUUAUAAAUAAGGUAGAAAAAGACGAAGUUGAUAUAUAUUUUAGUACUCACAAUGCUAAGUCAACUGCACCAUUUCACAAGUUUCAUGUGUUUCCUAUGAGUUGUUUCCUCUAAUACUGACAACUCCUGCCACACCUUCAACUCAUGUCAUGCCACUUAUUACUGUAGUGUCACAGCUAUAGACCAAUCUUCUUGAACUGUUUGAGGUGAGGUGAGGUGAAAUGGGGUUUAACGUCGCGUCCAAGAUUAUUGCACUUAUAUAGCGACGUACAUGUACAUGUAUGUGUUUGUGUGGCUGCUUGUACUAGUCUGGACUGAUGCCGAUUUAUAGUGCUUGCUCACUGAGAUACCAUGCUGCAGUUUAACACGAAUACCCCACUCAGACACAGCAUACUGACUCCGAGCCGACCAGUCCUUGUUUUAGCCCCUUAAUGCCGAGCGCCAGACAGGGUAACAACAAGUACCAUCUUUUAACGUCUUUUGGUAUGACGCGGUCGGGGAUCGAACCCCGGACCUUCCGCUCUCCGGACGGACGCUCUACCAUUAGACCAUGGAGGCGGUUUUGAACUGUUUGAAGGCAAGUCUUACCUGACAACUUUCCUGAACCAGCAAAAGUAGAGGCUGAGCUAUCGCUCAAUGCCCAUGACACUACAGUGCAGCAUGACAUGCAUAAUGAAUGUCAACACUCUUCAUGCAUAAGUACAUGCCUUCAUCUUUCUCUCACUAGUUGUGUUCACUUGCCAGUGUUUACUUUCAAACAUUAGCGUGCUGUGCAAUUUUUAUGUACUUGAUAUGCCAGUAUUUUGUUGUUUUUCUAUUUCCUUGCAACGUAACUGAACUCUUAAACUCUGAACUCUAGAAAUAGAAAUAUCAGUGUUACUUUCAGAGAUACCAUUACGUAGGAUGACAUUGCAUCACUGAAUACACUGGUAUCAAGUUAUACGCUCAGCAGAUUAGUCCAGUAGUUUCAUCAAAAAUAAGAAAAUAGAUAGAAUAUUUGGAUUAUCUGACCAUGUUUUCAUUAAGUGAUCUUACAAAGCAAGCAGUUUCCGAAUGACUGUGUAUCAACUUUGACAUGUCAUUCAAUGGGAUCAACAUAUUACUUGACAGGAUUUGAUUAUUAGCAUCUAUUUACAUUCCACUGAGUAAGGGUGAAGCUUAUUUAACUCUGAUAUUGCAUAGACACUUUCAGACUGCAGUCCAAAUAAAUGACACAAAGACAGUACUCUAUUGAGUUUUAUACUUUAAUGUAAAUAACAUUCAUAAACAUAUAACAUCUCCUUGUUUAGAAUGAACUUAGGGGAAAUGUUGAUAUAUAAUCCUUACUGAAUUUCUUGAUAAACUCUGGUUUGACACACUUAUUGUGGAAGUGCGUUGAUAUGUGAAAAUUAUUUAUACUGGUUCUAUGUAGCUGCACAUCUUCUUGCACUGUUAUGAUGAACUGAAAGGCAUCAAUAGCAGCAGAAUAACACAGUUUUCCUGUAUGUCAUUAUUUUAGUUUUUCAUUUUGUUGUCUGCACCUCUGUGAUACUUGUCAGGCCAUGUGGAAUCAUUUGCUCAUGUGAAGUCAGUGUUCUUUGUUAUUUGUCCUCACGGGUCGCUCAGCCUGUAUAGAUGUCAAACAUAAUCCUCAGAUUGAUACUAUCUAUCAGUGUAUCCUAGGACGCAGGAUGCUGACGCUUCUUAUCUUAACAGACUUUUGUUUAUUACGUAUUCUGAUCAAAGGGAGAUAAUCCACACAGCAUUACUGCCAUCAGAAUGGGUCACAAUGAACUUGUCUUUUUUAAAAUUUAUUAUUACAAGGGAAUUCUCAGACCAAAAAAAAAGUCAUAAAAUUCUGUGUGUUAAUUAUACAAUACUUCACUGGUAUUAAUUAUAAAUUUGUCAAAACCACAUGGGUUUGUUGUAUACAAUGUUCCCAUGAAGAUCAAGGGUAGAAUAGGUCUUCCGCAACCCAUUCUUGCUGUAAAAAGUGACUAUUCUUGUCGUAAGAGGCGACUAACGGGAUUGGGUGGUCAAGCUUGCUGACUUGGUUGAUGCAUGCCAUCAAAUCCAAAUUGUCUGGUCCAGACUUCAUUAUUUACAGACCACAAGCAUAGUGUAUAAACCUGUAAAGAAUUAAUGCUGCUGUAAUUUCAGCAUCUAUUCAAUCUAGCAAUAACUGAUUAUCAUAAAUACAAUGUCCAAGUUUCAAACAGAUCAUUAAUAUCAUAAAGAUCUAAAUUAAGUAUGGUUGCAAGUCUGAGGCAGCUGAUGGUGAUCCAGUGCAUUUAUUUGUUACAGUCAAGGGAUUGACUCCCCCAUCACACUUUUAGAAAGUAGGUACAAGUGGGUUUCCAAUUUUGGAAGAAAAUAAUAAGGUCAUCAAGGUAGAAACUAUCAAUGUCAGCAAGACCAUGAAGUCAACGUUUCGGUUUUGUAACAGUUAUCGUUUGAUAACAAAUCUUACAUCAUGUGGAUUUAAAUAGACUACAACAAAACUAAAUGUCAGUGUUAUUUGUCUUGUCAGUAAAAAAAAUGCAGUUACUGUGUACAUUUUUUCAUGUUUAUGGAUGUUUUGGUGUACAGAGGUAUUGAUGUUAACUCCAACAUAAUGUGAUAUGAUCUAUCAGCAAUAGGACUUUGUACUCUCAUGUUAUGUGUUUUAAACAUACUCAUCAUAUUACCCUAUACAUGUUUUAUGUUGACCAUUAAACUGAACAUUACCAUGAA